AAAAAAAAACUUUGUUUGUCUAUUCAAGUUAAAUUAAGGUGUGAUUGCAAAUUUGACAUCCUCCUCUAUCGAGCCGCCACCACUAAACUACACAUCACUGCUUCAUGCUUGCCUUGGACUCCUCCACCGUCGUGCUUCGAAUACCCGUUCGCAACCCGACCCGUUCACUCUUCACCGCCAUCAACACUUGCUGCUAUCAUUCAGGUCGAUCGGGACCCAGCUUCUUUGUGGGUCCCACUCCUUCCCUCAAUUCUAUCAAAAUGCAACUGCCCCGUCUCAAGGUUGAGGCCGAAAUCAGCGGGGAAGACUUUUUCAACGCCUCCACCUCUAAGCGGAUUCCUCGUCACCUUGUUAUUAUGGUUAAUGGUAUUACUGGGAGAUUAUGUUUGUGGGGGACUCUGGUUACAGUGAAAUGUGCUUGGUUUUCCAGUGCUUCUGAUUGGAGAUAUGCUGCAGAACAGUUUGUAAAGAGGCUUCCGGAUAAAGUUAUUGUGCAUCGCAGUGAAUGCAAUUCUUCAAGAUUGACGUUUGAUGGUGUUGACACAAUGGGUGAGAGGCUAGCUGAAGAGGUACUAUCAGUUGUUAGAAGAUGGCCAGAGGUGCAUAAGAUAUCCUUUGUCGCACAUUCGUUAGGAGGCUUGGUGGCAAGAUAUGCAAUUGGGAGACUUUAUGAUAAUUCUUCAAAAUUGGAACAUGUUGGUAACAGCAGGAACCAUUUCAAGGAAGAGAAGACAGAAUAUUCAAAGCAAUGCCUUACACAGAGUUAUGAAGCCAAAAUUGCUGGUUUAGAGCCAAUGAACUUUAUAACAUUUGCAACACCUCAUCUCGGUUCAAGAGGAAAUAAACAGCUUCCUUUACUUUGCGGUCUUCCUUUCCUUGAGAGAAGAGCAUCCCAAACUGCACACUUAGUUGCCGGGAGAUCUGGGAAGCAUCUCUUCCUCAUGGACAGUGAUGGUGGAAAACCUCCGCUUCUCCUGCGGAUGGUUGAUGACUCCGACGAUUUAAAAUUUAUUUCAGCUUUACAUGCAUUCAAGCGGCGGGUGGCUUACGCAAAUGCGAAUUUUGAUCAGAUGGUUGGAUGGCGUACCUCAUCGAUUCGCCGUCAAAAUGAACUUCCGAAGUCCAAUCUUAUUGUAAAUGAUGAGAAAUAUCCACACAUUGUUUAUGUUGAAGGAGAGAACACCAGAGGCAUUUACAAUAAAGCGUCUUCAAAUGUUGGAGGCCAAACAGUUGACUUAGAAGAGAAGAUGAUAAGGGGUCUCACUCAGGUGUCUUGGGAACGUGUGGAUGUUAGCUUCCAGACAAGUAAACAGCGCUACAUUGCUCACACUACAAUUCAGGUGAAAAGCUACUGGUUAAAUUCAGAUGGUGCUGAUGUGGUUUACCAUAUGAUAGACAACUUCCAUCUUUAGCCUUUUUGUAAAGUUUGAUAUGUCAACAUAUCAAUCAAUGUUGGUCCAAUGUUUUGUAUCGUUGAUGAAGCGUUGUACAUUUUAUUGCGUCAUGAACGGUUCAUUUAUCUAUUUGAAUGCACCUUUAUGAUUUCUUCAUCCAUUUUGUGUAUAUGUUUGUAUGCUGUAAACUAUUGUGAUUCAUUUCUCAAACAACACGUAUAUCUGAUUCCUAAUAAUUACUCAUUUAUUUCAGCAA